GAAGUGCUUCUUUCAGUGCUUUCGCCCCAAUAACUUUAACCAAUUUCUUUGUAUUUAAGUCGCGAUUCAAAAAACGGAUGUCGUGGUUCUGCUUUUCGGGAAACGUUCUGGUUUUGCCGGAUCUACCAAGUCUCGCCACUUCCGCAAAGUGGGUGAAAAAGUGGAGACACCAUCUCUCAUUGUGCUAGCGAGACAGAUACGAGAUGAUGCGGUAAUAUGCAUUGUAGAUUUGUAAUUUCAUAUUCAACCGCGAUCCGCAGGUCUUACCGCCUCCUCACCUAUCCGUUUUGCGGCUCUCUCACGUCAGAUUGCUGUUUUCGGGCAAAAUUCGUAUCUUUAUUUGCGCGUCUAAUAUAGACUCCGUCGCUACGCGGCGCUCUUGUGUUUCUGUAGCUAUAGGCAAACCAGGUUUGAUCAGCCUUGGGGUAGAUGUUUCACGUCGCUGGCAGAAGUAGGAGCGCUUCUGCCUCGAAAAGUAGCACAGACGGCUGGGACAUGAGCGGUCGAGACUCGGUGGCUGAAAUUUGAGCUGGUGGGGGGGGAAAAGAAGGGGGGAAAAACGAUCAAAGGGGGCUGAAGUGCGGGGGUAAGCCGAAAGCGUGAAAAAUGCGGGGUCUCCAAAUGCGGUGAUACACAGCGCUUUGGGCAAACAGCAGAUGCGAUGACUAUAGGUGGCAGUCGGAGGAAGUGGUAACGCUGUGUCUCCAAACCCUGGCAGAGAUCACUGUGACGCACCAACCCCCCAUCACACGGAAGCACCCAGAAAGCCUGAGUACCAGCGUGCCUCGCCGCAUUCCUCCCGUUGGGACCACCAUGGCCGUCCGCUUACUCUUCGUCCUGGUCCUUCUGGGCCACCUAGAGGUCUCUGUGACAAAGCUGGUUCCUCGGCUAUCCUUCCCCUUGGGCAGCCCGGGUCGGUCCAUCACAAUGUUCAGCAGCCCCGAUGUCCAGAACACCACGAUGCUGUCGCUCAGCGAUGACAACAAUACGCUUUUGGUGGGUGCACGGGAUUCCGUGCUGUCAUUGGACGUCAGCCGGACGGGUGUCAUGGAGAUGAAGAGUAAGCUUGAUUGGUCACCAUCUUCCAAGCAACUUGACGACUGUUCUAUGAAGGGCAAAAACAAGGCAGACUGUCACAAUUUCAUCCGAGUCCUGAAUUCCCUGAACGACACUCACGUGUACGCCUGUGGAACUCACGCCUUCAGCCCCCUCUGCACCUACAUAGACUUGGAGAAGAUCCACCAAACUGCCGAGCUCAACGGCAAGUCCCACGAUGGCCGGGGACGCUGUCCUUACGACCCCUAUCAGAAGAACACGGCCAUUGCUGUUGCUGGGGAGCUGUACACUGGAACGGUGGCUGACUACAGAGGAAACCGCCCAGUUAUCUCCCGCUACCUGAGCCAGGGUAACCAUGCCGACCUGAAGCUGGACGACACCAUGGGCUGGCUGGAUGAACCCACCUUCGUCAGCUCGGAGUUCAUCCCCAGCGAGGACAAAGUCUAUGUGUUUUUUAGCGAGGUGGGCCGGGAGUAUGAAUUCCUUGAUAAAAUAGUCGUGUCCCGCGUCGCCCAGGUCUGCACGAGUGACAUCGGAGGCCAGCGUACCCUGCAGAGGCGCUGGACCACCUUUGCCAAGGCACAGGUGCUCUGCAAGAACAGGAACCAGCUGCCUUACAAUGUGAUUUUGGACAUAGUCAGUCUCCCGCCACCAGAGGGCGCCUCAGAAGAUGAAAUGCUCUUUUAUGGCAUCUUCGGCUCACAGUGGUUUACGGGACAGUCAGCGGUCUGCACGUUCCAGCUGGGGGACAUAAAGACUGUGUUUGCGGGGAACUACAAGGUGUUGAACAGAGACACCCUGCGCUGGGGCUCCAAGGUCCAGGACAAAAUGGCCAGUCCUGGACAGUGUGGGCUUCACAAUGCCAGUGAUACAACCCUGAGGUUUGUGAAGGACAACUUCCUGGCAGACCAGGCCAUACCCCCCGCAAGCCACGGAUUGACCAUGGUGUCCCCCGACCGCUACACCAACAUCGCGGCCCAGAGGGUGCGGGGGGCCAGCGGCAAACACUACGACGUACUCUUCCUGCUCACUGAAUCUGGCUUUCUUCACAAAACAGUGCUGUUAGAAACAGGCCCUCGAAUCAUUGAAGAGAUCCAGGUGUUUAAGAACCCACAGUCUGUGAAGAAUAUCCUCCUCUCAGACACAAAGGGUGUGGUUUUUGUGGGCUUUUCAGAGGGUGUCGCACAGGUCCCCGUGUCAGACUGCUCCUUCUACUCGAGCUGCGCCGAGUGUGUCCUGGCUCGCGACCCCUUCUGCGGCUGGGACAGGUCCCAGAUGGGGUGCGUCGCAGUGUCACCCGACCGAGACGACCUAGGACAAGACGUGGACGAGGGAAAUGUCAUGGGUGUGUGCACCGGGCCUAAAUCCAGAUCUGGUCUGGACAAAUCCACCGCAGCAGCGCAGCUGGUCCUCGUGUCCCUGAACAAGGCGGUGACCCUGCAGUGCCAGGGGGCUUCCCGUUUGUCCACUUUGGACUGGCACUUGCCGUCUGGCCGCUCCCACGACGACUACCUGUGGCUGCCGGGCGGCGGCCUGCAGUUCCUGGCUACACCGGACGCGGUCGGCAACUAUACCUGCUACUCGGAUGAGAACGGCCACCGGCAGACCGUCGUUGUGUACUCGGUGAAGCUGAAAUCCAGCCUGACGCCACGCGGGUUUAACCCCGCCCUCUCGCAAGGCCUGCCCCUCACGACAUCGCCGCGCAGACCACCGCUAAGACGGCCCACAGAGGCGAGGCCGACAACCAAAGGGGGGGCUCUGACGAGCGGGCCUAUGGGCACCACUGCCAUUCACAUAGGGGCUGGAUCCACAGAGAGCGGGGAUGAGCAGGAGGUCCAGCAGAAAAACCGGAACCUGACCACGCUCAAGCAGCCCCAGCUGAUCGAAGGAGACUCCUCCCCCAAUGUGGGUCAACUGCCUUUGGCCAAUGAGAAGACCUACUACCGCGAGCUGGUGACCGUGUCUGUGCUGCUGUCCCUGACGCUGUGCGCGCUAAUCCUGACGGCCCUCUAUGCGGUGCGGCCUCGAGCCCGUGGCCUGCAGAUCUGUCCUAGUGUAGAGCCCGGCAGUGCCAGCCAGGAGCGGACCCCACUCAGCGGCGACCCGCCUCCCUCCGUCCUGUGCAAACAGAACGGGCAGCCGCAGGACAAGUCCCUGGCAGUGAGCAACGGGGCACUGCGGAGCUCCAACGGACACCUUCCCAACACCCCCUACGAGUGAUGGGGCCUCACGGAGCUCAAUGCAGAGAACCGGACUUGUGACCAGUGAGGUCUCUGCAGGAACUGAGCCGUCACCGAGACUGGAGGGGAGCUGGGGGAGAGUGAGCUAGCUUCAGGGAGAGACUCCUCUACAGGCUAAAACAAGCAUCAGCUCUCAUCAUUUAGACCUGGAGGAAAGAGCCUUUUUAGCUAAAUUUUCUCUUUUUCUAAAGCGAGAUUGCAUUUUCAUUAAAAACAUCUGUGGUGGUACUGAGUUUUUAUUUUAAAUUUUUUUCCAAGCUUUUCCUUAUCUGGUACGAUCUUUGUAUUUUGUCAGUUUGUCAGACUAAAAAGUAUUAUCUUUGUGAUGAACAGAACUUUUAUUGCUUUAAUGCUAAAGCUUGCCAAAUCUUUUAUGUAUUUUAAGUUAUUAAAAUUUGCCACUUUCGGAAUCUAUUUUAGUAUACAGCUAUGGAGAAAAGAACAUUUUAGGAAGUCAUUUUUAAACAUGCUUUAUUGAUACAAUUUAAAAAGUCUAUUUUUAUACAUUUGACAUGAUCUCUGCCAAAUAAAGGUCAAAAUAAAUUCACAGGGAA